CGGAGCACUAGCUUCACUGAGAAGGAUCUGAAAGAGGCCAAGGCGAGGAGCCAGCAGAUCGCCGCCCAGCUGACCACCCCUCCCAGCUCCAACUCGCGUGGCGUCCAGCUCUUCAACAGGCGCCGGCAGAGGGUGAACGAGUUCACCUUGGAGAGCCACGGCCGGAGAGGCCAGAAGCCCAGUCAAGAGUGCCUCAAAGUGCUCCCUGCCAGCCCCACAGGCCAUGCCCGGGGACUCUGCCUGAGUCCCCCAUUACUCCCUGAGCCAAGCCUUCCCAGGACCCCCAACCCUCAGAGCCCUGGGACAGGCAUCCCUGGCCCCAGCAUGGAGGGCUAUUCAGAUGAGGCCAACUUGCUGCGGCACCUGGAGAAGGUGGCCAGUGAGGAAGAGGAGGUGCCCCUGGUGGUUUAUUUAAAGGAGAAUGCAGCCCUGCUGACAGCCAACGGGCUCCACCUGUCCCAGAACCGCGAGGCCCAGCAGGCCCCACCAACCCCGCCUGCUGAAGUCCAUACCCCAACGGCAGAUGUCAACCAGAACCUUCCCCCGCCCAGUGACACGCUCCCUACACCAGCUUCUAACAGCAACCACAACCCGCCAGCCACAGAUGUCAACCAGAACCCACCGACAACUGUCAUUCCUCAAAGCCUGGCCCUUUCUAGCACCCAAAAGAAUUUGUCUGAGGAACAGCUCCCGCCCAAUGGCACAGUGCCAGAUUCCAAGCCCAGCACUCCGUGUGCUGGCGGGCAACCCCAGGCACCAGCUGUGGAAGUGAAAUCCAGCACACUCCUUAUUGAUAAAGUAUCCACACCAACUUCCACCACCAACACCUUUUCCAGGGAAGCCACGCCCAUCCCCAGCUCAGAGGCCUCAACCCCAGAAUUCAUGUCCAGCUCUCUGCUGAUCGAUAUCCAGCCUAGCACCCUACUGGUGUCAGGAGAACAAGAGAUGUUUGGGCGACCAGCCCCCACUACGCCCACAAAGAUGUACAGUGAAGUCCACUUCACCCUGGCUAAGUCCCCUUCAGUGGUCAACAGGACGGCCAGGCCCUUUGGGAUCCAGGGAGCAGGGGGUGCCAGCCAAAUGGAACGAAGCCCCAUGGUAGAGAGACGACAUUUUGGGGAGAAAGCCCCAGCUCCCCAGCCUCCCAGCAUUGCAGACAGAAGUCCCCAGCCACAAAGACAUGUAAUGUCCCACAGCCCAAUGAUGGAGAGGAGGCCCUUGGUGCAACGAAGCCCGGCUUUGGAGAGACGACCCAUGGGGAAUUUCACCCCACCUCCCACCUACGCUGAGACCUUGUCCACAGCUCCCCUGCCUUCCCGGGUUAGGUCACCACCCUCUUAUUCUGCCCUGUACCCCAGCUCUGACUCUAAACCAUCUCAUAUGAAAAGCCAAGGAGUUCCCACCAGCAAGACAGGCAUUCUGGAGGAGUCGAUGGUUCGUAGGGGCAGCCGGAAGUCCAUGUUCACCUUCGUGGAGAAGCCUAAGGUGACCCCGAACCCAGACCUACUGGAUCUGGUGCAGACGGCCGAUGAGAAGCGGAGGCAGAGGGACCACGGCGAGGUGGGCCUGGAGGAGGAGCCCUUCGCAUUGGGGGCCGAGGCCUCCAACUUUCAGCAGGAGCCAGUGCCCCGGGACAGGGCCAGCCCCUCAACAGCUGAGGAGGCUGUCCCAGAGUGGGCUUCGUGCCUCAAGUCCCCCCGCAUCCAAGCCAAGCCAAAGCCCAAACCCAACCAGAACCUGUCCGAGGCCUCCGGGAAGGGGGCUGAGCUCUAUGCCCGCCGGCAGUCCCGGAUGGAGAAGUACGUUAUUGAGUCUUCAGGUCACGCUGAGCUGGCCCGCUGCCCUUCACCCACUAUGUCCCUGCCUUCAUCCUGGAAAUACUCCACGAAUGCCCCUGGGACCCUCCGAGUGGCCUCUCGAAGCCCAGCCAGGACCCCGCCUGCCUCCCUCUACCAUGGCUACCUGCCUGAGAAUGGGGUCCUGCGCCCAGAGCCCACCAAGCAGCCACCAUACCAGAUGCGGCCCUCGCUCUUUGUCCUCUCGCCCAUCAAGGAACCUGCCAAGGUCUCAGCAAGAGCUGCCUCUCCCAGAGCUGCCUCACCUGCCAAGCCGAGCUCCCUCGACCUGGUGCCCAACCUGCCCAAAGCGGCCCUGCCAGUGUCUCCUGUCCUGCCUCGGCCCUCGCGCUCCUCACCAGGCCUCUACACCUCACCCGGCCAAGACGGCCUCCAGCCCACUGCUGUGAGCCCAACCUACAGCAGUGACAUCUCCCCCGUGUCUCCCUCCAGGGCAUGGUCCCCUCGAGCUAAGCAGGCUCCACGGCCCUCCUUCUCCACCCGCAAUGCAGGGAUCGAGGCGCAGGAUCGCCGCGAGAACCUGCCCACCUCCCCACCCUGGACACCCGGCGCCUCCCGGCCCCCCAGCAGCCUGGACGGCUGGGUGAGCCCAGGGCCGUGGGAGCCUGGCCGUGGGAGCAGCAUGAGUAGCCCCCCGCCGUUGCCGCCUCCGCCGCCCAUGUCCCCCUCGUGGAGCGAGCGUUCCAUAUCCCCACUGCGACCCGAGCCGGAGACGCGGCCACCCAGUCGCCAGCUGCAGGCGCUACUGGCGCGAAACAUCAUCAAUGCGGCCCGGCGCAAAAGCGCCUCCCCGCGGCCCGCGGGCGCCGAGAGCCUGCGGCCCUUCUCCCCGCCGCAGGCGCCGCCGGCGCCGCCGCCGCCACCACCACCACCACCACCACCACCACCGCCGCCGCGCAUGCGCUCGCCGCAGCCGGCGCGUCUGAGCUCGGUGGCCGCGCCAGGGGCCACGUUCGCGCCCAUCCCGCGGAGCCAGCUGCCCGCCAGGCCCUCGCCUUGCGCCAGCCCCCGGAGCCCGCUGCCAGCGCCGCCCAGGCCCUUCCCCUACCGCCGUUCGCCCACGGACUCCGACGUGUCCCUUGACUCCGAGGACUCCGGAGCCAAGUCUCCAGGCAUCCUUGGCUACAACAUCUGCCCCCGCGGGUGGAACGGCAGCCUGAGGCUCAAGCGCGGCAGUCUCCCUGCCGAGGCCUCUUGCACCACAUAA